GGCACGUUGUAUGUGCAAAAGAAGAGACGACCAGGCAUAUGGAUCAAGUGGUAGUGGUAGCCCGGCUUAUUUGCACUCUUGCAACGGUGGUGCUGAUAUCGAAUGCACUGUGGAAGCUCCUUGGCAGGCCGUACGUGGUCGCCCGGUCGCUCCAGCGGCAGGGGAUCCGAGGGCCACCUUAUAGGUUCGCCGUUGGGUCACUGCUGGAGGCUCGGAGGAUGCUCAAGCUUGCUCCUGGUGCGCUCGAUGCUAACUGCCACGACUACGCCCCCGUCGUGUACCCUUUCUUCCAAAAAUGGACCGCCGACUACGGAAAAACAUUCCUUUUCUGGUGGGGACCAACACCAUGCAUCUUUUCGACUGACAUGGAGCUAGUCAAAAAAAUGCUAGCAGAUACAAACUUGUUCCAGACGGUACACUACUUCAAUCCAAGCUUCGAAUCUGUCCUAGGCAAAGGUAUGCUACUUCUAGAUGGGGACGAUUGGAAGCGGCACCUCAAAGUUAUCCACCCAAAAUUUAACGAAGAGAAGCUCAAGUCCAUGUCUACUCUGGUGUUGGAGGGCACACGGCAGAUGAUGGAGGGAUGGUACACCCAGAUACAGAACAGUAAUACGGACCAAGCUGAGAUAGACAUGAUGCAUGACUCUGAUGAGUUGACCCAAGGAGUCAUCGGGCAACUAAUUUUAGGCGUGAACAACAAGGCAUACCGGGAGUUCUGUAUUCCUGCAAAGGAAAUCUAUGAGCUUCUGGUACAUGGAAUGAAAGAUCCCCCAAUUCCUGGAUUUAGAUACCUACCAACUCGCCGCAACCGCCGUCUGGCGAAACUCGACAAGUUUUGCACGAGCAAGAUCAUGCAGAUCAUGGAGGCCCGUCUCGCGAAGGGCUCGUACGGAGAAGGCCUACUCGGGCUGAUGCUGGAGGCCUACGCUUCAGAUAACAAGGCACUGAGCAUAGAGGAAAUCGUUGCAGAGUGCAAGACUUUCUUCAUGGCGGGGCAAGAUACCACUGCAAACCUUCUUACCUGGGCAAUGUUCUUGCUCAGCAACUACCCACAAUGGCAGAAGAAUGUGAGGGAGGAGAUCCUCCGAGAAUGCCCGGAAGAAGGCGAGGCACCAAGCACCAACGUCCUCAAGAAACUUAAGCUGCUUAACAUGUUUGUUCUUGAAACACUGAGGCUCUAUAACCCGGCACCAUUUAUCUUGAGAAAGACCGCAUGUGAUACAAAUGUUUCAAACAUCAAGGUUGCAAAAGGGACCAGAAUAAUGAUCCCUGUCGGGAUGCUGCACAGGGAUAAGGAGGUAUGGGGCCCCGACUCCAAUGAGUUCAACCCCAUGAGGUUCGAUAAAGGCAAUAACAUAAGCUCAAUGCUAGCCUUCUCGUAUGGACCAAGAGUUUGCAUCGGCCGGGACUUUGGCAGGAUUGAAGUGAUGAGCGUGAUGGUGAUGAUCCUCAGGAGGUUCGCCUUCUCCUUGUCCCCAAAGUACGUUCACAGGCCCAGGCACCGUGUGGUUCUGACGCCCAAGUAUGGACUCCCUCUAAUCGUGAAGAACCUGCAGCUGGAUGGGCCAGACCAUUACGAUUAAUUGUGAUGGCAUGUGAACUUGUGUGAUGUUGGAGGGAAAUACAGUAAAUAAUCCCAGCCGACACUUUAGUUAAGCUGCAUGUACUCUGUGUAUGUACUUAGCUGUAUGAUCUCGCUUAUGUAUUUGCAUGUAGCUAUUCGUGGUACCUUCGAUCUGUAGGAGAACUUGGAUUAUAUAUUACUUCCUCCGUUCCAAAUUAAA